AUGCCACCACCAGCCCUCGUCCCCUGCCUCUCAUUCGACCACCCCUCUCACCCCAUAUCCCACCUCACACUCACCCUCGACGCCACCAUCCUCCGCUCCUGGCAUGACACCUCACCCUACGGCAUCUCCGACCCAAAGUACCCCUAUUACGCCCUCGAACUCCUCAUCUCCUCCUUCCACUCGACCCAUAACCGCAUCCUGGCACGGUACUCCGGCUCCCGCCUGAAGCGCGACGCCCUGUACCAGUUGAAAGGCCGCUUCUACAUCUCCGACCUACUCGACGCGAACGGGAACUCAAAUUCUUACUUACACAUCGAUGAAGCGGUCAGAUUUCAGGGGCCGGGAACUAUUAAGAGUUUUAGGAAGCCGAAGUUUGUGUUAGUGGCCGAGGUGCUGGAGUUGCGGUUAGGGAGGGAGAGGAGGGAGGAUGGGUAUACGGAGGAAGGGGAUAAGGUGGAGGUGCGGUGGAUGACGAGGGACACGUAUCGGAGGGAUAUGGUGUAUCAGCAGAGCUGUGCUUUGAGCCUAGAGGAGAGUGGGAAGGCGAGGAGGGAAAGAGAGGAGAAUGGUGAUGUGGUGGGGGAGUUGUGUUAUUUGGAGGGACGGAUGGAUGGCUUGGAUUAUAGACGGUUGGAUUGGGCCUGUACUGGGAUUAAAUUCUGUUAA